AUGGAACUGCUGGACCUGCAUUCAGAUUUGUGUUUGGCCAUCAACGUCACCAUCACCCCAUCCCCCUUCACAGUGGCCCAGGAGGGUCAAAACAUCACUCUUACCUGUGUUGUGUCCCAGCGGCGCCGCAAUGCUGCUUUACCAGUGGUGAAAUGGACCUUCCUGCCAGAGGGCACAGACCGGCCAGAGGAUGAACUCCUCAUCGCUCGCGUCAAUAUGAGGAAGGCCCGUUUCUAUGGCAACUACACAAAGAGUUUCCCGUGGCCUAAAAUGAAGCUGACGGUGGUGAAGCAGGGGAAGAUAUUUGACCUGGUAAUCUUGAAUGUGUCCGAGGGGGACCGGGGGCUCUACAUGUGCCGGGUGCAGGAGUUUAAAAAGCACCAGGACCGCUGGAAGGCCUCUUCAAACUGCACCGCCGCCACUGAGCUCAGAGUGCACGUCCUACCGGCCACCAAGGCCAAAGAAAGCCUGUGGAGCUUGUUUGAAGAUGUGUACCUGUGUGCAGUGCUGAUCUGCUCAGUGGGUUUGCUGUGUAUGUGCAUGUUCACAGUGACAGUAACCUGUCAGUACAUACAGAGGAAGCAGAGGUUAAAAGAUAAUUACCACUUGGUCAAAAGCCCACAGAACAGCUCAGGAGAAACAGUCACCAGUGUGGUCAGUGUGUCUCCUGCUCUGCCUAAGAAGGAGAGGAGGUACAGGAAGAAAAGGAGCAGAGACUACCAAGAGGAGAUACCACCAGAGAUACCGGCAAAAGCUCCCAUUGGAGACAAAACACGGAAACCCAAACUUUUAAAACCACAACCAAGGAAAGUAGUGUUGCCAAAGAUAGUGGAGGAGAAUCUGACCUACGCAGAGCUGGAUCUGGUGAAGCCUAUUCCGGAAACCAAGGCCUCGUGUAGCGGCACUGUGUACGCUCAGAUACUGUUUGGGGAGCAGCAGCUAUGAGAGAAACGCACACACACCACUAAUAACUGUGCCUUAUGUAAAAAGUAUUGUCUAUUUAUACGCUGUAUUAAGGGCAAAAUGUGUAAUGUCUCACAAUUAUGACUUCAUUGUACAUAUGAUUUUAUGUUCUUUGAUAUAACUUCCCUUUAAUGAGACCAAGAUGCAAAAGGUAUACUGGAGUAUUUCAUGUUGAUUUUUUUUCUUUUGCACCAUGUUUGAAUCCUGUGUAGCUUAAACUGGGAACACAAUAGAAAACUAUGAUGCUGACUGAGACCAGAUUUGUCCUAAAUGACAGUCAGAGUGGGAUUUACAGGUUAAUCUGAGCGUUUACAUUGAACAGGUUUCAUUCAGUAUUUGAAACUCAAUAUCAUCACCUGCAAAUAAGAACAAUGCAGCUAUUUCAUAAUGGUUUAUUUCAAAUAGACAAUUAGACAUUUUAGGGAAUGCUCAUUCGUUUCCUUCAAAGAGUUAGAUGAGGCAGUUGGUAUCACUCCCAUGUCUGUACGUCAAGAAUGGAGCGAGAACAAAGAGUGGAAGCAUAGACAAGCAUAGAAAUAUCCUGGAUACAGACGUUGCCAUCUUGUGCUUUUGGAGCUAGAGUCUGCCCAGUAGCUCAGCUACUUCCCACCCAUACACCCAUUUGACCCAAUAGCGAGCGGCACCUUUAAUUGCGGGCACACCAACCGACACAUACAGCUGUCAAUCAUGUCACCACACCCCCUUUUUAUAGCAUCAAAUAACUAAUUAAAACCAGACUUUUCAGAAAAGUGUACACUUGAACAUACGUUAGCAUGGUAAGAACUACCUAUAAUGUAGAAAACAUCUUUGGGAAAAAAUAAUUUGACAAGUAAUGUUACUUCAAUUUUUCAUGUCCCAUCUGUCAGCAUGAGGGGUUUUUGAGCUAUACUGCAGCCAGCCACCAGGGGGCAAUCGUAAUAUUUUGGCUUCACUUUAUACAGCAGGGAGGCAGCCGGGCUUUGAAGACAAUUUUUGUAGUGGCCAAACAGUGGAAUUGCAAUAUCUGAAGCCUAAAAAUACUUUUUCCCCAUUAACUUACAUUGUGAGACAGAUUUCUGUAGACAGGAGUUUCACAACCCACUUGAAAUGACUUAUUACACUAUUGGGAUUUAAUCCACUGGUCCAAUACCAUCGGGAAAGCCCCGAAGAGCCACACAAUUGAAUCAUUUAAUCUCUAUACAAGUUAGCAGAGUGCUAAACCAGCUCGGGUGGCUGAAGUCUCUGGUGCGCCUGCUUUAUGGGCCGCACAAUGUGAAAGCAGCGCCGAUCAUCCAGGUGAUUUCAUAGGUGUUAGUUGAACCAUUUAGGCUUCAUGUGCCACUGAGCAACUUUCAUAGGCAAGAAUGGGGCCCAAUGCUGUAUCCAGGUCUCUUUAUACAUCCAUGAUACACAGUCACUGACUGUGAAAACAGCUAGCCUGGCUCUAGCUGGCUAGCUAACUAGCUAAUAAAGCUAGGUUAAAUUAGGCCUAUGUGCUGUAACUGUUUCUCACCAGCGUCUCCUGGCUGUUGAAAAAUGAAAAAAAUAUGCACGUAACUCCCUGUAAAACCACAGAUUUUUGUAUUUGUGUAUGGAUAAGACAAAAUAGAUAUAAUUAAUUAGUGAGCUUUAGUGUAUUUUUAAACUUGCUGUUAACCCCCUGAUCUGGCGUUUGGGACUUUCCCAAGCUAAGCUAAUAGCUUCAUACUUCAUGUACAGACCCAUGAGAGGUAACAAUCAUCUCAUCCAAGCUAUUUACCAAAAUGUUGAACUAUUCCUUUAAAAUUAUAACUACGUAUUAUUUUAGAUAGUUGCAUUUUAAUACAUUAAAAACAUGAAGGCUUUUUAUGUAAGCAGAAAUUGCAAUGCUAUACUAGUUCCUAUGAGAUCCUUAACUCUAUGUUAUUUCUUAAGUCUGUUGCUUAAACUCACUGACACAGUGAAUUGUGGGAAAUCCCAGCUAGGGUAAACAGAUUUAUGAAGGAGGGACGGAGUAAAUUCAAGACAUCCGUUGUUACGGAUGUAAACUAAUGCAUUUUCAAAUGUGAUUUACUUCUAGUGUGUUCCCAAUGUUAUCUGCCUCACCACAUCUGUGUUUAGUGUGUUUCUGUGUGUCAGACUGUAGUUUAUCAUGACCACAACUCCACAGAGUUGAUAUUAAAAUAGCGAUUAGCCCCCGGACCUCCCCUCACGGGCAAGUAUGUGAGACCAUGCGAGCCCUUUCAUCUGGUGCCAACAUCAACUUAACAGGCUGUUAGCGACACACACAUGAACAUAUACAAAGGUGGAGUAACAUGUAGGCUUAACACCCUCGUAGACCCACUCACACAAAGGCACAUACUGUAAAUCCAAAAAACUGAAAACAACUGUGACACCUGAUCUACAAACAGAGACAAACUAAGGCCUGUGUUUGGACUGGUUCACAUUAACAAAGUCUUAGUUUACUCCAAAUCUUAAGGUGAUUUUGUUGUUUGAGAUGAGAUAAGAGCCAGAAGCCAUAUCAGCUCUACUCCCACAUACCUUGGUACGGUCUCCUUGCUUUCUCACUUUCCGUGAAUCUGAGUGUGAAAGUGCUUAGGCUUCUUUUUCCAUCUAAUGAUCCUCUGGAUUCAGGCAUGGAAAAGCAAAGGAGAGUUUUUUAAACAGUGAACUUGAAACCCAGACACAAAGGCACCGGAUCCCUCCCUUCCCCCAAGACUUUCACUAUCUUAUGUGGAGUUAUCCAUGCAGAUGGAGCCCCACACAAAUACGAGUCUCAAUCUCUGCUCCAGCCCAGUUGCCAGAGGAAAAUGUUGGCAGUGUACAUUUCUGCAAACCACAAAUACAUUACAUUUGUACAUUUUAUACUUAUCAUAUCAGUGUUUGUAGAGUGAUGUAAUAUAAGCUGACUUUGUCACCAGGUGGUGGAGGGAAUGGUGGAUGAUGUGUCACCUAGGCCUAUGCCAAACUGCAGACUACUACAGACCACUUUUUGAGACCAAAAAAAACCCCAAACAGCUGUGAUUUAGUGAAUCAUGGCUGUGUUUCCAGCAUCUUUGUAGGGACCAUAUGUGGGUGUUUUGUAGCAACUCCUUGCUGUUUUUCCAGCAACUUUUUAGGCAUGAAAAAUUGUUAUUUUACAAAGACAUUGUUGCUUUUCCCCCCAAGACUGCGGACAAAAAGUAGUUGUUUUUUUACUAAGACAGCUCUGCCUCACCUCCCAUGAUAGUAGCCCAAAAAGUGAUUGCUUUUUUACCGAGACGUCGCCACUUUUCCUGCUGGAAUCAAGCUCCUCAAACGGAGUACUUCAAGCCGAACAUGAUCUUUUCCUAACCAUACCCACGUGGUUUUUGUGACUAACUAGGCUGACCAAACGUCCUCUUUUGCCCGGACAUGUCCACUUUUCACGUCCCGUCCGGGGCGUCCGGGGCGUCCGGGGUUUUUUUUAUAAACUGAUGAUAAUGUCCGGUUUUCCGUGUGUUUGUGUGUGUGUGUUACAGUGCGGCACAGGCCGCAUAUUUCUGUCCAAACCUGAACCGAGCCCGACAUUAUUUAAUGACCAAAGCACUGAGUUUGUGUCACACAGUGGUUACAGGCUAUUUAACAGGCUGGGCGUGCGCCGUGGGUGCUCAGUUUGAGACGGGAGCGGGCGGCGGGAGGUCCAAGGCUUCCAGCGAGGGGAGAGGGAGAAAUAUAACAAAAUAAGAUAAAAUACAAGAAACCUGUCUUCCUCUUUUAUUUUAUUUUCAGCGUUUAAUCAAGGCGGUGGCGGGCGGCUGGAGGUCCGAGACUUCCAGCGGGGAGAGAGGUAGAAACAAACAGCCAACGUGUGUCUGUGUGUGUUAUGUUCAGGUGUUGUCACGUAAAUAACAGUGCCCAAGCAAUAAACAGGACAGACAAUAGGAUUUUAUUUAUUUUUACACUACAUUUUCACUGAAAGCUGACCGAAUCCGACCCGAGCCCGAAUACAAUUUAUAGCUACAUUUUUGACCAAACCCGGCCCGACCCGUCGGGUACCGUCGGGCUCGGAUCGCCACACUCUAGUGUGUGUAUGUGUCCCCUAUUGGGGCCUAUCUGAAUUUCUGUCUUUGAGAGAUAUUAUUUUGUAAUAUAACUGAAUUUUCUAUCCAUACAUAUAAAUUUUAAAUAUAUUAAAAUUAUAAGGCAUCUUUGAGUAAACUAGACUAUGUAAAGUAGACUAUGUCGUGUCCUCUUUUUUGGAAAUCAAAAUAUGGUCACCCUAGACUAAACCUAACACAUGUUAACCACAGUGUUGUUGAAAUGUAAAGUUUCAACGUAUCCACGACAUUAUAACGUACAAAUAUAACGUAUCUAUGGUUUGCAUAUACUGUCAAUGCCAACAUUUUAUCUGGCAAUUGGGUUGUUAGCCCCCUUUUCGUCGUGUGUGUUAGCUAAACCAGCUACGUAUCUGGUAACCAGUAGUUAGAAAGUAUUUAGGCACUUGAGUUAAAUGAUUUGACUUUUAUGUAAAACAUUUAAGAGUGAACUUAUACGUGGUAUUUGAUUUUUAGUUUUGCAGCAACUUUAUGAGUAUCUGUGUAGCAACCGUGGUUAGCUAGCUAACAGCUGAUGACAUUUAUUGGAUUGCUGUGACAAAAGGGUCAGUCUACAGUCACAAAAAGACAGAAGUCUGCUUAAAAUUGUCAAGAAAGCCAAAUUGUUUGUUGUAUUCUCAAUCAACAGUUGUUGCACAGAAGUUGAUUUCCAAUACGCCAGCCAGGAGACACUCAAAAAACCCCACCAAAUACAGUACAGGACAAAGAUUUCUAGCCAUCACCACAACUUUAUAACCCAUUUUUACAGCAGGCUGGUGGUUGUGGACUUUGACAUUCUGUUUCCCUGCCUAAUACAUUUUAAUUCAAACCACUAUCGACCUCCAUUUGUCACCAGUCCAAUUUUCCAUUGUUGUUCCCUCUUGUAUUAUUCAUUUGCACAGUGUGUAUUAUCCAUGUAUGAAAUGACUGAAAGUGACCUUUCAGUAGUGGGCAGAAGUGUCUUAAAAAUGCCCUGAGACUGUGAAAUGUAAAGUUUCUUCCAGACCACAUUGUCCUUAAUGGGAAUCCACUAACUAGAACCAUGUGUGUGAAUUGUGCCUCUCCCUCUCUCCUCUCCCUCUCCCUGCCCACCACUGACCUCUGCAUUCAUCAGCAUUCCAGCAUUUCCUCUCUUGUUCAUUUUGUACAUUUCAUCUGUACAGUAGUGUGUAUCAGUAAGUGAAAUAAAUAUAAAAGCUGAUGUAAGC